AUGGUAUCCAGUAUUCUCCCAGAAAUGACGUUGCCAUCAUUAAAAGAGAAAAUAAAUGGAAGGCUCCGAACAGCAUUAAUUGAUUCUGGAUGCUCCAUUACUGUGGUUCAUGCUGAGUCCGCGCAUGGGCUUGUGUUAAAAAGUCAAAAACUUAUCACAACUUUGGGAGGAACUGUGCAAGUGCUGGGUGAAAUGGUAAUCAAUCUGGAAAUUGAUGGAAUACACCGGAUGGUUAAUUCUCUGGUUGUAAAAGAAAAACCAUUUGGGUUUGAUUUGAUUUUUGGAAUGAAUGCAAUUAAAAAAUUUGGAGGAGUUAUCAUUUAUGGUAAUAAAAACUGUAACGUCCGAAUGUUAGCAUGUGACAAAGCGAAAUGUGGUGCCGUUACUACGACGAGAAAAAACGAAAUAAACGAAUUAAAAGUUGAUGUUAUUAAUACGACAAGAAAAAGCGAAAACGAAGUACAAAAAAGAAAAUGUGAUGUCAAAAAUACAACAAGAAAUGAAAAGAACGAAAGAAACGAAAUAAAACAUCAGGACUUCACAGCAAAGUUCGACGGAAAAAAAUGGACGGCAUCAUGGAACUGGAAUAAAGAGCCUGUAACUGAUAAUACCAUUUGUGAAUACAAGAUGAACCAAGAGCACGAACGUAGUUACCGUAAAGAAAUACGUGAAUGGAUUGACUCUGGUAUUCUUGUACCAUAUAACGAACUAAUAUUGGGACCACCAAAAGUAUUGAUACCGCUUAUGUGCGUAGUGCAAGAAAACAAGGACAAUAAAGUACGUCCAGUGGGAGAUUUCCGAGCUCUCAACGAAUUUGUAAAUUGUCAAACGGCAAAUGCGGACGUUUGUCAAGAAAAACUGCGUUGCUGGAGAAAAAUAAAAAAUGCAAAAAUUCUCGAUCUUAAAAAAGUCUACCUCCAAAUUCAUAUUGAUAAAAAACUUUGGCCAUAUCAAACGUUAUCACAUGCAAGUGUGGAAACUGCAAAAAAUGUAGCGAAGCAUCUGCUUAAAUUCGGAUUACAAUGUAAACCACCACAAGAUCUUGAACAAGGACGUGUCUUAGGAUUCAGAGUCGAAAGAAAUAAAAAUGGGGAACUGAUAUGGAAACGAGACAAUGUGGUACAAUUCGAAUCUUUAAAUGCAGUCACACGAUCACAGCUUUUCAGCCAGUUAGGCAAACUUAUUGGACAUUACCCAGUGGCAGGAAGUUUGCGUUUACAAGCUUCAUACAUCAAACGUUUAGCUGGAAAUAUACCUUGGUGUGAUUUUAUUUCUGAAGAUUGUAAAGAAAAACUGAAAGAGUUGCUUUACCGUGUGGAAAAAGAGGAUCCGGUUGGUGGAAAAUGGCUGGUACCAGUAAAUGGAAAAGCUGAGCUUUAUUGUGAUGCAUCAUCUAUAGAACUUGGGGCAGUUCUGCUCAUUGGUGGAGUAGUUGUUGAAGACGCAGCAUUGCUACGGCCAGCGAGUGACACACAUCAUAUCAAUAUAAGUGAGCUGGAUUCUAUACUUCGAGGACUAAACUUAGCAAGUAAGUGGGGCAUAAAAGAGUUAACAGUAUACAGUGAAAGCAAGAGCACCGUAGGAUGGUUAAACGCAGUUUUGAAAGAAGAAUAUUGCGUAAAAACUUGGGGAAUUUCUCAAUUGUUAGUACAAAGACGACUGAAUACUAUUAAGGAAGUGGCAAAAGAUAUUCAGAUCGCAGUACAAAUGAUUCCAUCUGAGAUAAAUUUGGCUGAUCGACUCUCACAAAUCCCUCAAAAAUGGUGCAGAACAGUGUGUGCAGCUGGAUUACUUGAACAAAAAGACAUAUGGAAAAUUCAUUCAAUUGGUCAUUUUAGUGUUGCUCGAACAUUACAACUUUGCUUGCGAAAUAAUCAGAAUGUAUCACGUAAGGAGAUUUCAGCAGUAAUUGCGAAUUGUAACCAGUAUGAAAAAGAUAUCAAUAACGAAAAUGAUGAUGGCCAAGAUGGUGAUGUAAAUGAUCGCACCAAAGAAACAGCAAUCGAUUACUCAGACUGUGGUAUGUGGCCAAUUCAUCGCAACAUUCAAUUUGUUGAUUAUGUAAUUAAUAUAGGUGCAGUACAAGUGAAUUUAAACACAUAUCCACGCGAUAAUAGAAAACGACAUUUUUCAAAUGCUUAUUACAACCGAAAACUUUCAAAUGGUUAG